AUGACAUUUCCUACGUUGAGAAUAGGCGUCGACGUCGGCGGCACAAACACAGAUGGAGUCAUCCUCGACCCGACAGACGCAUCCUCCGCCUCGCGCGGCAUCCUCGCCACCCAAAAGACUCCCACGACCCCCGACCCAAGCGACGGCAUCAACGCCGUCAUCUCCAAAAUGUUUACCGCCUCCUCCGUCGACCCGUCCCGCGUCGCGAGCGUCACAAUCGGGACAACCCACUUCAUCAACGCCGUCGUCGAACAGGACGCAACCCGCCUCGCCCCCGUCGCCGUGAUUCGCCUCUGCGGUCCCUUCUCCGCCAGCAUCCCCGCCGGCGUCGACUGGCCCCCGGCCCUCCGCGCCAUCAUCUGCGCCCACCGCGGCCUCGUCGACGGGGGGCUCGAAAUCGACGGGGACCUCAUCGCCGAGCUGGACGAGGACGCCGUCCGGCGCGAGGCAGAGGUCAUCCGCGCCAAGGGGAUCCGCAGCGUCGUGGUCGUGGGCAUCUUUAGCCCCGUCGACGUCGUGCACCAGCAGGAAGAGAGGGCCGCGGCCAUCAUCCGCGAAACCUACCCAGCCGCCGACAUCGUCUUGUCAAAGGACGUGGCCAACAUUGGCUUCCUGGAGCGCGAAAACGCCGCCAUCCUCAACGCGUCCAUCCUCCCCUUUGCCCGGCGCACGAUCCGCUCCUUUCAGCGUGCCGUCACGCGCCUCGGUCUCGCGUGUCCCGUCUUUGUGACGCAAAACGACGGCACCAUCCUGCCGGCUGCCGCGGCGGCGCGGUUGCCCAUCAGGACGUUCUCCAGCGGCCCGACGAACAGCAUGCGUGGCGCGGCGUUUCUGACGAGACGGCAGCAGCAGCAGCACCAGCACCUCGGCGAGGAGACGGGGCCGAUGAUGGUCGUCGAUAUCGGCGGGACGACGACGGACGUGGGGCUGUUGCUGGGAAAUGGGUUCCCGCGACAGGCGGCAGCGUAUAGCGAGAUUGCGGGGGUGCGGACCAACUUCUCGUACCCGGAUGUGAAGAGCAUCGGGCUCGGGGGCGGGUCCAUUGUGAAGAAGAAUGAGGCUGGUGAAUUGGUGAUUGGGCCGCAGAGCGUGGGGUACCAGAUCCAGACAAAGGCCCUCGUCUUUGGAGGCGACGUGGCGACGGCCACGGACUACACCGUGCUGGCGGACCCGGACGCCGUUGACAUUGGAGAUCGUUCUCUGCUCGAGGGCGCGAGCCACCACCGCCAUCUCGCGGCCGACGUGCCCGCGUUCAAGGCCAAGGUGAGGGCGAUGCUGGAGCGGAUCGUGGACACGAUGAAGACGUCGCCCGAGGACAUACCCGUCGUGCUCGUGGGCGGAGGGGCCGUCAUCGCGCCGGAUACGUUGAGGGGUGCGAGCAGGGUCGUCAAGCCGGCGUGGUCUGGCGUCGCGAAUGCCAUUGGGGCCGCGACGGCGAGGGUCAGCGGCGUCGUGGACUCGAUUGAGAGCACCGAGGCCAAGAGCGCGGCCGAGGUUGUGGAGGCCUUGUCGCGGAGGGCUGUGGACAGAGCCGUUGCGAAUGGGGCUUUGCGGGAGAGUGUUUCCAUUGCCGAGGUGGAAAGUUUUCCUUUGCAGUAUAUUGCAAACAAGUCCCGGGUCAUUAUCAAAGCUGUCGGCGAUUUUGACUUCUCCAGGUCGGCAUCCAUGGACGCAACCGAAAUCCCGGACGACGUCGAGCGCAGCGACGAUGAGCCACUCAGACCACUAGCGACAACUCAAGGAGAGAAGAGCUCAUCGCCGCAGUCACUGGUUUACACAAAGGAGUACAUUGACUCUUACAAGCCCAAGAUCCUCGACCGCCAGUGGCACCUGUCCGAGACGGACCUCGACUGGAUCACGAUAGGCUGCUACAUCCUCGGCACGGGAGGCGGCGGUUCACCGUACCAACACAUGCUGCGUCUCCGCGAGAUGAUGCGCGCCGGUGCCACAGUCAAGAUUGUCUCUCCGCGGGACCUCAAGGACGACGACAUUGUAGCCUGCGGCGGCGGGAAAGGGUCCCCGCAGGUGUCCAUCGAGAAGCCGUACGGUGAUGAGAUCAUGGAGUCGCAGCGGGAGCUCUACGCAUACCUCAAGACGAAGCCGACCGCCGUGAUAUCCCUCGAGAUAGGAGGCGGCAAUGGUCUCCAAGGCCUCAUCCUCGGCGCCAGCACGAACCUCGACGUUCCCACAAUCGACGGCGACUGGAUGGGUCGCGCAUAUCCCAUCUCUCACCAGACGACCCCGGUGGUAUUCGAGAAGAAGGCCACAAUGAUCCCGUCAUGUAUAUCAGACGGGAAUGGCAGAAUCAUGCUCAUGACAAAAGCCCGCACAGAGCUUGAUGCAGAACGCGCCUUCCGCGCCGCCCUCUCGCAGAUGGGCUCCCACGUCGGUUGCGCAAAGGGCCCCGUCAGCGGCCGCGACACCAAGUCGUGGGUCGUCGAGAACACCGUGUCGCUCUCCUGGCGCAUCGGCCGUGCUGUCGCGAUGUCGCGGUGCACCAACGCCGUCGACGCGGUCGCCGAGGCCGUCGUCGAGGUGGUUGGCGGGGAAGAGUCGGCGAGAGUGCUAUUCAGGGGUAAGAUUGUGGGCGUGGAGAGAGUUACGAGAAUGGGGCAUGCUUAUGGUGAGGUUAUCAUCGAGGGGUAUGCUACUGCUUCCGCUGCUGCUUCGUCUCGGCUGGAGGGGAGAAAUAGUGACGGCGGUAGUGGCGAGGCGGUUGAGAGGUUGGUUAUACCGUUCAAAAACGAAAACAUUCUCGCGAAAAAGGUUGAUGCCAGCGGAAAGGAAGAUAUUCUGGCAAUUGUCCCAGACCUAGUGUGCGUCCUUGAUGCGCAAAACGGCGAGGCCCUCGGCACGCAAGAGUACCGCUACGGACUACUCGUCGUGGUGCUCGGCAUCACGGCGUCCGAAAAAUGGACUUCCACGGCGCGGGGCAUCGAGAUUGGCGGGCCAAAGGGGUUCGGUAUGAAUGAUUUGGAGUACGUGCCUCUCGGAACGUUCAAGAAGCCCCGGAGCGUAAUUGACGAGUUUGGGGGGGCCUCCUGA